AUGGAAGCCCUGGUGGAUGGGAACCACACCACAGUGACAGAGUUCAUUCUACUGGGCUUAACACAUGAUCCAGUCCUUCGAGUCAUCCUCUUCAUCAUCAUCCUGUGCAUCUACCUGGUGACUGUAUCUGGAAAUCUCUGCACAAUCCUUCUCAUCAGAGUCUCCACUCAGCUCCACCACCCCAUGUACUUUUUCCUCAGCAAUUUAGCUUUUGCUGACAUGGUCUUUUCAUCUUCUGUCACACCCAACAUGUUGGUUAACUUCCUGGUGGACAAACAUAUCAUCACCUACCAUGGAUGUGCCAUCCAGCUGGGUAUAGUUGUUUUCUUUGGGGCAGUUGAGUGCUUCCUUCUGGCUGGCAUGGCCUAUGAUCGCUUUGUGGCUAUCUGCAACCCUCUUCUGUAUUCAACCAAAAUGUCCACACAAGUCUGUGUGCAGUUACUUAUAGUAGCUUACACCAGUGGUUUUCUUAAUGCUUCCUCUUUUACCAUUUCCUUUUGUUCUUUACUCUUCUGUGGACCCAAUAGAGUCAAUCAUUUCUUCUGUGAUUUUGCUCCUUUAGUUGAGCUCUCCUGUUCUGUAGACAGUGUCUUCAUACUUGUUUCCACUUGUUCUGCCGGCUCUAUAGUUGUGGUCACAGUAAUUGUGAUAGCCAUCUCCUAUAUCUACAUCCUCAUCACCAUCCUGAAGAUGCGCUCCACUGAGGGCCGCCACAAGGCUUUCUCCACCUGCACCUCCCACCUCACUGCAGUCACUCUGUUCUAUGGGACCAUUACAUUCAUCUAUGUGAUGCCCAAAUCCAGCUACUCCACUGAUCAGAAUAAGGUGAUAUCUGUGUUCUACAUGGUGGUGAUCCCUAUGUUGAACCCCCUCAUCUAUAGCCUCAGGAAUAAUGAUAUUAAAGAGGCUCUGAAAAGAGAGCUUGGUAAGAAAAUAAUUUCUUACUGA